CACCAUUCCUUGAACUGCGAGCAGCUCGAGCAGCAGCCACCCGCAACGAGCCCUCCUCUCCAUCAAUACGAUACACCACCGACCCGAGUAUGGUCCACUCCAGCAGUAUGAACAUGAAUUCUGGCAUGGAGUCGAACGACCACAGCGGCCACAGCAUAAUGUCCAUGGCAAAUAUGAUGAUGACCUUCUUUACCAGCCGAAGCACACCUCUCUACGCCGAAAGUUGGACUCCCAACACCACAGGACAAUACGUCGGAACCGUCAUCUUCCUGAUCGUUCUUGCCGCCAUAUUCCGCGCCAUCGUGGUGUUACGGGUCAACUUCGACGGCCUGAUGGCCUGGUACACGUAUCGACGAGAAACGAGUAUUCUGCGAAAGGACUUCGAAGGCGAAGAUGCUGGACUGAGAUCCAACAUCGAGAAGGGUCGCCCGUGGAACAUCAAUAUUGCGCUGGCGAGAGCUUGUCUGGAUACGAUCCUGGCCGGGACGAGUUAUCUGCUGAUGCUGGCGGUUAUGACGAUGAAUGUUGGAUACUUCAUUGCGGUGUUGGGCGGAACCUUUCUCGGGAGCUUCGUACUUGGACAUUGGGAUCCCACUGGCGAUCACUGCGACGGUCAUUGA